UUUUAUUUUGUGGAUAAUAUUUUGCACAUAGCGCCUGAAGUCACGCGAAUUCGACAAUUAGGAAACAUGCAAAUAGUAAAUUAUGAAUUCCACUUCCACAUAAAUAAUUGUAAAUUCAAAACCAAAUGUAAAUUUUAUAUAAGUAGAUUAUUGAUGCGCAAAAUAAGGGUCUUAUGUUGGAAAGUCUUUUAAAUUAUUUUAGUAAUUCAACCAAUUCGUACAUCAGUUUGCAUGCAGCAAAAGCGGUUUCGAUCCAAGAUAAAUAUUCAGAAGCCAAGAGCUCCACAUCAUGAAAGGGGAAAAGUAGAAAAAUUUAUAACACCAUUUAUCUCAAAUCCUGAUACUCAUAAGCCGUUGAGAGAACGAUGCCUGAAAGUUACUCAAAUAAAAAAUAAUGUCGAAAUGGAUAAACCGUACGACGUAAUUUUAUCAAGAGAAUGCCUUAACUGGUUCAAACAAUCAAACAUGGUCGCUUUAUUCCAUGUGAAUUCUAUAACAUCGAGUGAGGUAUUCGAAUUCGCCGUCGCCGUAAAAAAGGCAAAUAUGCACCUAAAAGGUUAUCAAAAUUCGAUAUUAAGGAUAGCCUACAGAGAUUCUAUUUAUCAGCCAUUAACGCAACUCAUUCAAAAGCAUAAUCGCAUUAACUUUUUUGUCUUCAGUCAAGAUACGGAUGUAAGUAAAUUAUUGAAAAUCUUGAAGAGGACGCCACAACUCAUUCUAUUAGCUGGCAUAAUUCAUCAAAAACUGUUGAAUCACAAGGACUUUGUGAAAAUAGGUACAAUGAAUCUCGUAACUGCACAAGCUGGUCUUGUAAACGUUUUACAUUUAGCCGCUGGACAAAAGCUACGUCAACAGUUAACGCAUCAUCAGUCUACUUUGGUUACCCGGUUAAAGCAAAUAGGUACAAAAGAAGAUAAGCCCUGUGAUGCGAAUGAAUAAUUUGACGGUGCCUAUACGUUGUUCAAACCAUAUCGAUAAUUUAUUACGCGUUAUAGGUUUACAUAAAGCUUUACGUAAACUGCGACUAGAUUCCUUUGUAUAAGUAUAUAAAUAAGAGAUUUAAUUAAAUUUGAAAUUAGGCCCUUAAUUCAUUAUUAA